GCGCUACGUCCUUACCCUGGGCGGGAACAGCAAAAUGGCGCCAGAAGUAGUGGCGGGCUGAGGACGCUGGCUCCCCUCGAAGACGGCCCUGCGGUCCCCGGGCCGCCCCGGCCCCUUCCGGACAUGGAGGACGUGGAGGCGCGCUUCGCCCAUCUACUGCAGCCCAUCCGCGACCUCACUAAGAACUGGGAGGUGGACGUGGCGGCCCAGCUGGGAGAAUAUCUAGAGGAGCUGGACCAGAUCUGCAUUUCUUUUGAUGAAGGAAAAACCACCAUGAACUUCAUUGAGGCAGCGCUGCUGAUCCAGGGCUCUGCCUGUGUCUACAGUAAGAAGGUGGAGUACCUGUACUCGCUGGUCUACCAGGCUCUCGAUUUCAUCUCUGGCAAGAAGCGGGCCAAGCAGCUGUCCUCAGUGCGGGAACAGGGGGCGGAUGGGGACGCCAGUUCCGAGGCCCCCCAGGAGGCGGACGACCAGUUCCUGUCGCUAGACGACCUCCCUGACUCCCGUGCUAAUGUGGAUCUGAGGAACGACCUGCCUCCCCGUGAGAUCCUCAUCGUCCCUCUCCUGCCCGUGGCCCUUGUGGCCCCUGAUGAGAUGGAGAAGAAUGUCAGCCCCCUGUACAGCUGUCAGGGGGAGGUCCUGGCCAGCCGGAAGGAUUUCAGGAUGAACACAUGCACCGCCCACCCCAGAGGAGCCUUCAUGUUGGAGCCGGUGGGCAUAUCCCCAACGGAGACACUGCUGCCAAGGAACCAGAAGGAGGCUGAGGGGGCUGAGGAGCAGCCAAUGGAAGUGUGUGUGUGCAGUUCCGUCCCUGCGCUCAGCGCCUCCCAGGAGCCAGGUACCUCUCCGGAAGGCCCGCUGCCUGGAGGUGGUGAUGAGGAGGAGGACGCAGAUGGGGCAGUGGAGCUCCCUGAGCCCAUGGCCCCCGACGUCCCUCCAGAGCCCCAGGAGCCCAGGAGCCCGCAGCAGAGUGCUGCCCAGCCCAGCAGGUGUGUGCUGCGGGAGCGACGGGAGCCUACGUCCCUGCUGAAGGAGACCCCAGACCCCUGGCAGAGCCUGGACCCCUUUGACUCUCUGGACGCCAAGCCCUUCAAGAAAGGUAGGCCCUACUCCGUGCCCCCCUGUGUGGAGGAGGUUCCAGGACAGAAGCGCAAGAGGAAGGGUGUCGCCAAGCUGCAGGACUUCCACCAGUGGUACCUGGCUGCUUAUGCCGAGCACGCUGACAGCAGGAGGCCCCGGCGAAAGGGCCCGUCCUUUGCAGACAUGGAAGUCCUGUACUGGAAGCACGUGAAGGAGCAGCUGGAGACCCUCCGGAGGCUGCAGAGGAGGGAGAUGGCGGAGCAGUGGCUGCCGAGGCCUGAGGAGGGGCUGUGGCCUGUGGAAGAGGACCGCCUGGAGGAUUCCCUGGAGGAUCUGGGGGCGGCAGGUGGGAGCCUACUGGGAUGGGCCAGGGCGGGGGCUCAGCAUCCGCUGCCAGCCAACCUGCCUCCUCCUGGGCUUCUCUGUCUGCCAACAGAUGACUUUCUAGAGCCUGAGGAGUACGCAGAGCCUCAGGAGGCAAAGCCUGGGGAAGCCGCAGACCUGGAAGCAGAGGCCGUGCCGGCAUCCCUGAGCUAUGAGGAGCUGGUCCGCAGGAAUGUGGAGCUCUUCAUCGCCACGUCUCAGAAGUUUGUGCAGGAGACGGAGCUGAGUGAGCGCAUCAGGCACUGGGAGGACACCAUCCAGCCGCUGCUCCAGGAGCAGGAACAGCACGUGCCCUUUGACAUCCACACCUAUGGGGACCAGGUGGUCUCAAGGUUCAGCCAGCUCAACCAGUGGUGUCCCUUUGCGGAGCUAGUAGCUGGCCAACCUGCCUUCGAGGUGUGUCGCUCCAUGUUGGCCUCCCUGCAGCUGGCCAACGACCACACAGUGGAGAUCACCCAGCAGCCGGGGCUGGAGGCAGCUGUGGACACCAUGUCCCUGAGACUACUCACCCACCAGCGGGCCCACAAGCGCUUCCAGACUUACGCUGCCCCCUCCAUGGCCCAGCCUUGAGUGGGGAGCAUUGACGCUGACGGGUGGGCUCUGGAGCUCCGUCCCCCGUGGGUGCCGGGCAUCGCGUCUGCUCGCGCGACCCUUGUUUCCUGGCUGGCCCAGCCCAAUAAAAUGGUGUUGCCAUCCCA